GAGGGAGGGAGGGAGGGAAGCAUUUCAAGUGGGAAACUUUCCUCAGAAGCUAUGCCAACUACGAUUUUGUUGGUAUAACAACGGAAAGGAAAUACGUCAGAGCAUAACAUAAUGGCACCGUCGACGAAAAAACCAAAGGAACGUAAAGUCGCGGAACAAGCUAAACGAAACUCUUACUCUCGUCGAUGGUGCUGCAAUUGUCACUGUACGGACGCUCGGUCACGUUUGCGAGAAGAGAUCGACGUGCAAGAACUAAUUUGGAAACUUUUAAAUAUUACGAAACAUAACCAAGGUGAUGCGAAACAAUAGCACUAUUUGAAGGAUCGUUUAAAAGUUUAACUUAGCAGAGUAUGCAAGCAAAGUCUACGAUAUAUGUAGAUUGUGAUAAUAGGGAGAGCAAAGGAGAGAGCAACGUGGCCGCUAUCUCGAAGAAGAAUGCAACGCGAGAGAAGCGAGCGUUAUUUACGUAUGUCCCCGUUCGAGAGUGUUUCGAUAUCGCGUGCUAGCUCGGAAUCCGAAGCAGCCACUUUGGAGAAUCUGAGAGAAGCGACGGAUGCCGCGAGCAGCAAUUCCUUCGUGGAAAGCAUCGGGCCACGCUCGAUAGACGCUAGCAGAACUUUGUUAAACAAACGAUCCAUCCUCCAAGUCAUUAACAAUUACAUCAAGGCUGGCAUCGAGGAAGGUAAACGACAAGCAAAAAUCUAUAUCCGCAAGGCACUCUGGUUCGGCGUGAAAUCGGGAUACCUGAUUCCUGCAGACUCUCAGGGGCAAGUACUCAAGGUAUCCCCCACCUUGGCCAAUUCCACGAGAAGAAUCGGCAGGGAGUUGCGAAGGAAAAGACUUCGAGCACGUAAGCUCGACGACAACGGCCUCGAAACGGUUCAACGAAAGACCCGAAGGAACUCCUUCUCGCGAUAUACUAAAAAAUCUCGCGACGUAUCCACCGACUCCGCGGUGUCUCGGCGAAACGUUCAAAAAUCUAAACGUAAGAGAAACGUUGCUCGUCUCCCUAAGAGCGACAAGGAUAAACCGGGGCGUCGGUCAAGGAAGGAAACGAGGACGGGAAGAAUCGAGAAACGAGCCGAGAGAAACGAACCGAACGAUCGAUUCUCGAAGGAGUCCUUCAAGGAACGUCGGACGAUUUCGAAAUCAGCCUCGAAAGGGAACGUUCGAAACGAUCUCGAUCUUAACGAUAGAAAUUGUUCGGAGAACGAGGAAAAGCGUCAGAACAAACGAGAGCUCAAGGAGGUUCGUAGCGAAUUCGUGGGAUGCCCGAUCCCGAAGCAUCGAGCGUUCCUGCUGACGGAUCGAGAAAGCGAGUCGAGAGACGAAGUCGAAGAAGGAGAAAAGAGAGGGAACAACGAGGAUCAACUGGACGAUUCCGUUUUAAAGAGAAGCGAGGGAUAAGAAUUUCGAAGGGACGUAAUAAUCUUCUCGAUGCCGCUAGACCACGACGACGCUUUGUCGACGAAAAGUGGAUGCUUUCGAUCCAAUUUUUUAUAUUCGCUUUCAGUUUUAUCGUUUUCUUUUAUUUCUACUCGGAAUCUAAAUAUAUAUAUUUGACAACGCUUUCGACAUUUUUCGCGCAGACACUUGCGACAUUCCUAUAGAAGCAAGUAAAACGAAGGGAGGUCGAGCCAAGUGCCAGACGAGACGUGCCGUUUCGGUACGGCUACCUGCCAUCGACGGUUGGAUCGCCCUCGCGUCGCUUUUCGUUAUCGCUUGCUAUACGUUCGGAAGUUGGCGAUUUGUCUCGAACCAUUUCUUCGUACGUCGAAUGUCGAGGGAGAAAAAAGAAGGAAAAAAAAGAAAAAUAUGACAGGUCGGUCGACUUAUCGCGGCUAGAUCGGUCCUACACAUCCCUCGUUCCAUCUUUUUCCGAUCGUUCGAAAGUUCCUUAUCAAACAAAAUUACUAUCGCGUUUGGACUGGUAACGAAUAUAAUCGAAAAAAUACGAAAAAAAUAUCGAAAUACGAACACGAAUUUUUACUCCUGACCAUCGAACCUCUCUUCUCGUACGGAAUUUACGAGCGACCAGCGACGUACGUAUUCCAAAUUUCAACAUUAUUUUCCUUUAAGCGCUAAUAAGAUAGGACGGAACGCCAACGAGAUAACGUUACGCGUUAAACAACCAACCUACCUACGGUACGCGCGUUGUGUAUAACGACGUGGCAUGCCAGUGACCCAUAUUUCAGGUAAUAAUUUAUUCCUUAAGGUCAGUAGUCAGUGGCAUCGAUUCUUCUGUAUUACGUCCACCUCUCGUCGGCACACUCGUGUUCGGCUUUAGGUCUAAAAAGGAACGAAACGAAAAAAGAGAUUCGCCUCGUCGCCAAUUCAGCCGAAAGAGAAGCUCGAGGUUUCGCAAUAUUUCUCAACUCCAACGAAUGAUAUUUAUAUUUUGAAGUUUUGC